UGUUGAAAAAUCUCUGCGCCUUAUAUAACUAAAAAUGACAUUUAUCCUAGCUUCUGUGUUGUCUGGACCCUCAAUACCAUUGGAUUUAAUUUUCUGUUGCAUUAUGGGGGUUGGUGAUUUUUAGCGGGAAUAGAUGAUGCGCGUGCAUUGUUCCUGUGGGGCAGCAUUUUGCACCAGUAACACAUAUGUUCCAGUGCAAAACAGAAGGGGCCAGAAUAAAGAACACAUGAAGUUUUCACCUCUAGGAAAGUUUAACUAUUUCCACGACCACCUGAAGAUGCCACCAAACGACAUUCAUGCUCGGAGGAAACCCCACAAAACAGCCUUAGCCAUUGUACAGGAACUGGGCUCCGAGAGUAAUGCACAUGGCCUCGCCAAAAUUGCCAUGUCACUGCAAACCAAACGGAAAGUCAUGUGGUCCUUGCUUGUGAUUAUCGGAUUUACCGCCGCCGCGAUUCACCUGUCCUUCCUUGUAAUUAAAUACCUACAAUAUAACGUAGUGGAAGUCUCCGAAAUGAAAGACGGAAUGCCAGUGGAGUUUCCUUCAGUAACGAUUUGUAACACUCAGGCUCUGUCUCUGACCAAACUAAAGCAAAGAAUGAAUGAAAACCUUGACAUAACUAACUGGAUUAACUUUAUUUACCAGGCAAAGUUUGGGGAACAUUUUUCUCGUGUGGAAUCCAUUCAAGGAUUUUAUGAGAACUUAUUCCAGGAGGCCCAUAUAGUGGGCCAUGAAAUAAAUGACACCCUUCUACACUGCCGAUUUAAUCAAAGGCCAUGCUACCCUCACAAUUUUACAAAAUAUUUUGAUGGAAAAAAUUACUACAACUGUUACACAUUCAACAGCAAAAUAGGCGAGCAGGGCAUGCAAUAUAUGCACACUACAGGGCCACAGCAUGGAUUGUCUAUCGUAAUGGCACUCGACAAUGACGACCCCCCAUUAGGGAGUUACGGACUUUACAACCAGGAGAGUAAUGUUGGCCACACGGCUGGACUGAGGGUUCAGGUCCAUGCCCCUGAGACAAUGCCUAGCCCCAUGGACCACGGAUUUGAUAUUCCUCCUGGGUAUUCAUCAUCUGUUGGUCUAAAAGCUGUCAUGAAUUCUAGGAAAGCAUAUCCAUAUGGAAAUUGUACAUAUGAUCGACUGAAGAGAAAUCCAAAAUAUCGUAACACAAUAUUCUCCUGUUUUCAGUUGUGUAAGCAGGAGAUUGUGAUCAAAGAGUGCAACUGUAGGACAUCAGGACUUCCACAUACACAAAGUCAAAGCAAUCUAUCUUAUUGUGGAACGUUCAAGAACUGGCAGACCCUCUACACGGAGCUCACUAAGACAGGGACCUUCAACAGGACGAAUCUGUACAACAGGAAGUUGGACUGCGAGGUCAAGGUUCUACACCGUCUCUCAAACGAUCGGAGUUACGAGGUGGGCUGUCAGUGCUUCCAACCUUGUCAAGAGACAUCCUACCAAAAAUCUAUCUCGCUGUCCUACUGGCCCCUGGAGUUUUACCAGUAUAAUGCAUUACAGAAUUUCUACGGGAUUUUACAGGAUUCUACUCGAAUUAACAACUCCUUCAUGUCUGAGGCUUACUACAAUCUCCAUGAAAUUAUCAAAAAAUAUGAACCAUUGGCUCAAAAUAUGACAAAGGAAAAUCAACAACAAAUGCUUUAUGCUGAUAUACCCAUGGAUGAGCGACAAAGGCAAGCUCGAGCCACACAACUAAUCCAUCAAAAUCUACUUCGGCUAAAUGUUUAUUUAGAGGAUUUAAGUGUCAUUGAAUUUAAGCAGAUGGCUGACUAUGAUAUAGCAGAUUUGCUGUCUGAUAUUGGUGGCACACUGGGACUAUGGAUGGGGAUAUCCAUUUUAACAAUUAUGGAGUUAGUGGAAUUAGCCAUACGCCUUCUUGCACUACUUUUUAAAUCUGAAAAUAAAUAUCCUGAUCACCAUGAGGACAAUGGGUCAGCCAAUGGUAUCUUAGAACAAAAUAAUGAUAGGAUGAUUUAUCCCCACGAGACUUAUGAUCCUUAUUCGCAACCUGAAUUUCAGACUUUUGAAAAAAAUGAUUAUGGUCGGACAUCGAACAGUGAACCUCCCGAUUCACCGGUUUGAUAUUCCUAAUUAUCUCCCCUUUAUUCCAAUGGAAUUACAAAAAUGGGAUUUAUAAAAUGUCUGUGAUAUAUUUUAUUCAGUGAUGAUUCAAAGAGUUAGACAGGAGUCAAGUUUUUGUGGAAGCUGGUACAUAUGUUUUACCUAUGGAAAUUCUUAUGGAUGUAGGUCACAAAAUAAGAUGGAAAUGUGCAAUACAUUAGCCAAGGGGAUAAUGCCCUGAAAAUAAUGAUGAUUUAUUAUUCAUACUUAUAUAUCUAACCUAUUCAGAUGGUAUGCUUGUAGAGUCUACUUUGCUACCUAAGAGGUCAAAAUACAGAAGUGAAAAUUAUUAUCCUUAAAGGGCAAGUAAUUAAUAAGAGAAUAAAACCAUUAUCUCGUAUGCUCUUCAUAUAGAAAUUCCCCUUAGAGUACAGUGUUCAAAUCAUACUUCAUAUUGCCAAAAAUCCUUAACUCAUAUUUAUGCCAGCAACAUAAUUCAUAAAACAUUCAGAACACAUAUGGCAUCUGACAGUGGAAUGACACAGAAAGUCAAAACUGCGAAGUUAUCAGGUACUAUAUAUCAUCUGACAUCCAUCCAAUGCUUUAUGCUACCUAUAGGUAAUUAAGACAUUAUAAUACUUAUAAUACCUAACAUUGUAUCAACAUCUGGGUGUUGGAAAUGAUGGUUUUCCUCAUAACAUAUUGUGUUAAGCACCUCUCUUAAACAGUGUAUGAUAAUGUGAACUUAUUGCACAAAUUUUAUAUAUAUAUAUAUAUAUA